GCAUUUUUCCUCUUUCAAAAUCAUAUCAUAAACCAAUACCCAAAAGCAGCAUGGCCAAACCCACCACCACCACCACCACCACCAAUAUUAAAGCUUACUCGCUCAUUAUCACCACCGUGUUCUUGGUGGCGCUUCCAUGCUUAAGAGCUCAGUUGACACCCGUCCCCGCCCCGGAGUCGACGGUUGCUCCGGGGCCAUUGGCACCUUCACCAGGAGGGGAUUGCCUCAGUUACUUGUUUAAUUUAGGUGACUGCUUAACUUUUGUGGCAACUGAUAGCAAUUUGACUAAGCCAGAUAAAGAGUGCUGCCCUGAGCUAUCGAAUUUGCUGAAUACAAAGCCAAUUUGUCUCUGCCAAAUGCUUCGUGAUCCGAGUCAACUUGGAAUGAGCAUUGAUAUGAAGAAAGCCUUACAACUCCCUUCUGCUUGUCAUACUCCUCCAAUCAGCUUGUGUUCAGUCCUCGGUGUUCCGGUAGGAGCUCCAACACCAAGUGAAGGCCCUUCAGGCGCCCCUUUUAGUGGACCAGUUGCAGCAAAUCCAGCACUCGGGAAUCGUGAUAACGGAAGUCCAAGGAAUUUAGCCUCAACCCAACAUUUUCUUGUUGCAUUAGCAAUCCUAUUAUUUAUAAAUCGCUUUUAUUAGAGCAUUUCUCUAGGUCACUUAUAAUUAUUGAUUUUCUUCAUUAAUUAUAUCUAGAUAUUCCAUCUCAUGUCACCUUAAUAAUGUGUUAGAAAUUGAUAUCCUGUAAUUUAUUCCAAGAUUUAAAUUAUCAUUGCCUGAGACAUUUAAAUUUAUUUAUCA